CGCCCGCCCCAGUGGACGGUCCCAUGAUGCCGUGCGGCGGGACAGCGCUGGAUUCAAGAUGGCGGAGGCGGAGGCGCAGCUGACGGAACGCGAGAAGGUGCAAAUAGCCACCAACUUCAUCAUGCAUGCACCGCCAGGAGAAUUCAAUGAAGUAUUUAAUGAUGUGCGUGUACUAAUGAAUAAUGACAGUCUUCUCAAGGAAGCGACCGUGCAUGCUUUUGCGCAGUAUAAUAUGGACCAGUUCACUCCUGUGAAGAUAGAGGGCUACGAAGAACAGGUCCUGGUUACAGAGCAUGGAAGCCUGGGAAACGGGAGAUUUGCGGAUCCAAAAAAUAAACUUUCCUUCAAAUUUGAUCAUGUGAAGAAAGAAAGCAGUGAUGUCCACCCUCAGGAGGGUGAGCCUGCGAUAGAGUCAUGGAGGAGUGCCUGUGAUAAUGCAUUGCGAGCGUACAUGAAAAACCACUAUCCCUACGGCAUCUGCACUACCUAUGGUAAGACCAUCAAUGGCCAGCAAACUAUUAUAGCUUGUAUUGAAAAUCAUCAGUUUCAGCCGCACAAUUUCUGGAAUGGGCGUUGGAGAUCGGAGUGGAAAUUCACCGUUACCCCACCUUCAGCUCAGCUCACUGGAGUUCUGAAGAUUCAGGUCCAUUAUUAUGAAGACGGUAAUGUUCAGUUGAUGAGUCAGAAGGACAUCCAGGAAUCCUUGCCGAUUACAAAUGAAACCCAGACUGCAAAGGAAUUUGUGAAAAUGAUUGAAGCAGCAGAGUGUAGUUACCAGACUGCCAUCUGUGAGAAUUACAAUGCCAUGUCUGACAGCACCUUCAAAGCCUUGCGUAGGAGCCUGCCAGUUACUCGCACAAAGGUCGAUUGGAACAAGAUCAUGAGCUACAGAAUUGGCCAAGAAAUGCAGAGUGCUUAAAGCAAAUGUGUGCAAAGAGGCUUAAUGUCAGUGUGCAAAAAAAAACAAAAAGGUGUGGUCUCACAAUGUCAGGAUUGACCCUCCAAUCAAUCUCUCUUUCUCCCUCUCUCCCCCUUUCCUCAGGCUCCCUGAAACCUUGAUCAUAUUAUCCAAUAGUCCAGUCUGAUGACUGUUUUACAAGAUGUCAUUGAAGUAAUGUUUGUGAGGGGGCAGGAGGAAAGCUAUUAGAAAGAGAUUAGCUUCUUGGCUGAGUGUUAAACUGGUGAUAUGCAGCCUUGCUGUUGUCUUCAUUGCUGAAGUAUUGAGGAUGUUUUGAUAUGUUGGGUCAAAUUCUAAUUUUUUUUUUGUUUGAGGAUUUGCAGUACUUUUAAGUCUUAAGUGCAGUUCCUUCCUAAGAUCGCAGCCAACACAGUGGGUAAUAGCUUGAGAGAUAUAAUAACCUUGCUUAGCAGCUGACUCAGAAUUAGAAUUAAUUUUAUGGUUACAGAAGCUUUUUAAAUGAUAACUGAUGUUAUCAAAGUGUUACAGCUUUAGAAUUUUAUUGUGAACGCGCUCUUCCCUUUGACUUUUUUUGCCCUCUUCAUUUUCUCCUAUUUGUGAGACCACACCUUGUCCCAUCGCUGUUGGCAAGGCAGGAUGGUUUGGUGUUUAAACACCUUUUUUAAAAUUCCAGAAACCAGGCAAGAUGGCUCUGCUUUAAAGUACUGCUUGACUGAAGAAAGCUUGAAGCAACAACAUUUGAUGUCUUCACACCCCCCUUCUCUCCUCCCUCAUCCAAUGGCUCCGAAUGAUCUGAAUCAUGUGUAUCUUUGCUGAAAAUAUUGUGCGUUCUUCCAACUGAUUGAGGGUUCCUGCGUGUAAAUUUUUACAGCGGGUAGUACAUUGUGAGUUGGGUCAAACUCGAUGCUUUUUCUGUGUAGUGGCUAACUGCAGUUGUACGCAGCAAGGAACUGGAAGGUCCAACUGGAAAACUACAUGUGGUGAGGGGUUUGGGGGUGGGGAGGGAGUGGAAACAAAUGUGGACAAUUCAACAUAUUGUUCUUCCUCCCAAACCUGUUUUACCUCAUUUUUUGAUAUACAAUAACUGUAAUCAAUGGCAAAAAUAGUGCACCAGCAGAGAGGGAUGGCCACUUGCUCAUUUAGGCUGGAAUGGUUCAGAGGUGGUAACAGAUGGAGCCCGAAACACACUGAUCAGUUGAAGAAGGAAGAAACAAGCAAAAAAAGGAUGAGAGCAGAGUCAAAGAUCUUGAUGCGGCCAUCACCUUGAGCAGCCCUCUCUCGUCCCAUUAUAACCCUUUCUCAAAGGGCCCUGUAUGACGUGUACAUCAUAUGCUAUAUGAUGAAGCUAGUUCCGUUCCAUUCUUGAAGCUACCAAUGAGAAACAUUACAUGACUGACUGGUACAUGGGGCAGAGAGUGGGUUUUGCUUAUUUUGGAAAGGCUGGUGAAAUUCAGUUGUUUGGGUCCAACGUCCACUGGUCAGUUGCUGUAACCUUUUCCAAUCAGUAAAUGGAUACCUGGAUGGAAAUGUAGGAAAAGAACUGAAGGAAGGUGGCCUUAAGUUAAAUUGUGGUUAAUGGUGUUCUUUUUUUUUACUGUAUUAACUUGCACAGGACAAAUGUAAAGCAAAGUCAAUGAAACAAGUGGCAGCCUAGUAUUAUCCAUACCAAUAUUUUUACAAAACUCUGAACUGGUAACAUUAAAAAAGGCAAGUUGUAAUAUAACUCCCUAACUAAAUCUCUGAAAGGCUUUGCUUUUUUCUUAAAAUGGAUUGUUUUGUACUGUAUUUUGCUUUUAUUAAAUUUGAAAUGCUAUUUUUUAGUUCACUGCCAGUGGAAUUCCAAAACCAGCAGAGACUUAUUGCUUCAAUCUGUAAGGGGUGUAGCAUGCUUCAGAUAAAACGGUGGUGGUGGCGAGCUUGAAGAUUUAUAUAAUCAAUCUCAGAAGUUAAACUGUAAUCAGCGCAGACACCUACUUGCGGGUGACUGCGCAGUCGCAAAAAAGUGGACCAAUUUUUUUUAUUGAUUUUUGAAUCCAGUAAAAUUACUUACAUUA